AUGUCCUCCAUCCCCCAUUCAAAAGUGAAUCAAAAUAAAGAGAAUGCACUGCAUUCUAAAGGCCAGGAUGUGCGUUCUGAUAAGGGGAUCUCACGGAAGACAUCGAAAAGCGUGCUAAGAACCAAGUCCUCAAAUGCUAUCGUGAAACCGCAGGAGUUUGGAAAUUACAAUAAGAUUCGGAAGACGUCAACGCUGAACGACGUGCAUUUGUUCGAUCAUGAUCCAAAAGCCGUUGCUGUUCGAAAGUUUAGAGUUCAGCGCGAUUCGCCGCAGUCUAGAACGAAGCACAAGCUUUCGGCGAAAGAGGAAUUCGAUUUUGAAGACGACAUAGAGAUCGUGCCAGCCGCGGAAGAUGAGCUUCCUUACAUUCCCAAUACCUUAACGCCGAUUCCAGAUGACCUCCUAGAUGAUGUUCUGAACAAUAAACACAAGUCAACAAAAACUAUCGAUGACCCGCUUGAAUUAGAUUUGUCAUAUUUGAAAGAUAUGGAAGAACAGGAUUCCUUGGAAAGCGCCUUCAAAUCGAACGAGUUAGUUUUGGAGUUUCCAGAAGAAGGGGAAGAAUCAGCAUCCAAAAAACUUGACAAAAUACUCGAAGAAUCGGAGUCGCAUCACCACUACAAACCAAAGAGACUUUAG